AUGUUUGAGAAAGUCCCUAAGAUCAACAAUGUCUACUAUCUGGCGAUCGUUGCCACCAUGGGUGUUCAACAAGGAGCCAUCGGAUCCGCGCUUGCUGCUGGCUCAAUACUCGGAUCCGUAAUGGCUGGACCAAUCUCUGAUAAAUUUGGUCGUCGCGAUGCACUUCUUUUCGCCUGCAUAUGGUGGCUCGUGGGCACUGCUAUUCAGGUUGCAACCAUCAACCGAGGCAUGCUCAUCGCUGGCCGAAUCCUGAACGGUGUCACUGUCGGUAUCACUUCAUCCCAGGUGCCGGUAUACCUCGCAGAGAUCUCUAAGCACUCCCAACGUGGUGCAAUUAUCAUCAUUCAACAAUUGGCUAUCGAAUGGGGUAUUCUCAUCAUGUAUUUUAUAGGUUACGGCUGCAGCUUCAUUCCCGGAGAGACAGCAUCGUUCCGCACCGCCUGGGGCAUCCAAUACGUCCCAUGUGUGUUCUUCAUGAUCGGUCUGCCGUUCCUACCAGAAUCACCGCGCUGGCUCGCCAAAGUCGAUCGCACAGAAGAAGCAAUUCAUGUUCUUGCCGCUAUCCAGGCCGAUGGGAAUAUCGAAGAUCCCUACGUUGUCGCUGAAUACGAGGAAAUUAUCACUACUCUCACUGCCGAGCGCCUCGCCCCCCAAGGAUGGCGAAAAUUCGUUCUCAACGGCAUGUGGAAACGCACUCUCGCCGGAUUCUCUGUCCAGGCGUGGCAACAGCUGAGUGGUGCCAAUAUCAUGACGUACUACGUAACCUAUCUGUUCGCCAUGGCAGGACUGAGUGGAAACAUCAACUUAGUAUCCUCGGGUAUUCAGUAUGCCUUGUUCAUCAUCUUCUCAUCGAUCAUGUUCUUCUUUGUCGAUAAGAUUGGACGCAGGACCUUGCUCGUAUGGGGUGCAAUAUCGAUGGGCGUGUGUCACUUCGUGGUCGGCGGCACUCUUGGAGCACACAGCACCUAUGUGCCUGGUGGCGUGAAUGGGGACGCGAACGUGGUAAUGCUUGUCCAUGGAUCACCGGCUUAUACUGUCAUAGCGUUUUGCUACCUGCUGAUUAUAUUCUACGCCCUUACCUUGGCUCCGAUAUGUUGGGUGUACGCCGCCGAGGUAUGGUCUUUGGAAACCCGGGCCUCAGGUAUGGGCAUCAGCGCGACUGGCAACUGGUUGUUCAAUUUCGCUAUCGGAUUCUUCAUUCCACCUGCGUUUGUCAACAUCAGAUGGGGGAUCUUUAUUGUCUUUGGCGUACUGUGUAUACUGGCGGCAGUUCAGUUCUUCUUCACAUACCCCGAGACUUGUGGCAAGACUUUGGAAGAGAUUGAAGUACUGUUCAGCAAAGAUGGUCCCCAUGCGUGGCAGACCAAGAAGGGCAGUGACCAUCUCGCCCGUGAUAUCAAACAUGUUGCAGCUGCUCAGGCCAAGGGCGAUGCGCGGGCUAGCAUUGAAAGGGUUAUCAAGAAAGAGAAGGGUGAGACUGAGACGACGGAGGCUGUGUAG